GGGCCAGCGAGAUGCGACUAUCGAAACUCGAGUUGAGCAGCUUCCUACAUCGUGCGACAUGAUGGACGCAGUCUCAUUGAUCUCAAAAUGUAGACUACUUUGCCUGUCAGGCGCAGAACUGCCUAGCGAGCGUACUCAAGCCCGAAAUUUCAGCUUGACAAAAAUCCUCAUAAUGCGUUCCACAAGAAACAAAACUCUCACCAGUGCAUUUAGUCGAGCAUGCAGGAAGCCCUCAGCUGACACUUCCAAGCAAACCGUGCCUCGUCUGCGAUAGGUAUUCGACCAGGCCAAAAUCAGCCGACCUGCACCUCUCAGUCUUUGCCCAGGACGCAGCUUGAACAUGUGGCAGGCGCGUGGCGCAAAUACGAGGCAGACCGGUCAGCUCGCUUCAGGCUCGACACAACCAGGUUCUGAGUAUAUAUGGGGAGGCCGAGGGCAGCGAAUUGCUAAUCCACGGCCAACAGAAUACUCCUGACAGGCAGUUCCAAGAUCAAACAGCUCUAAAUCUCUACCAUGGCGGUCGCCGUCACAGACAAGCACGUCCCCUCGGACUCCCUCUCCUUUCAGCCUCAGGUCAUAUCCUCCAGCGUCCGAGGCCUAGUCACACCCUCCGCAAUCAGCACAACUGCUAAACCUCUCGACCUGCCGGAACUCCGCGCUGCCAUCGAGAAGUAUGCUCCAAUCCUGAAAGUCCAUCCAGACGAAAAAUACGUGUGCGCCUCAGUCGAAGACUUUCUCUCACACUGCACGCUCGUCGACAAAAAGUCGCCCGUGCGCGUCAAAAGCCCAUCACUGACCCAACUGCCUGAACAUGGCGAGGAUCACCAGUUCUACCUCGAACUCGACCCGUCCGGCAAGCCAGGGACCUUCUCCACGGCAAAGGCCUACGUCCACGCCUUCUGGCACCCCGGCAUCCCCUACACAGACCUGCAAUUCUGGUUCUUCAACAGCUACAACGGUCCUGGCGCAUUGCACGUCAACGGCCUCAUGAUGGACAGCAUCACGAGCUCGGGCGACAUCGACCUAGCCCCCAUGGGCGAGCACGUAGGGGACUGGGAAAUGGCCAUGGUCCGGAUCGACAACACCACGCGGAAUCUCGUGGCGAUCUGGCUCAGUCAGCACUCGCGCGGCCAGUUCUUCAGCCUCGACCAGAUCCCUCAGGCAUUCACGUUCGAAGGAACGCAUCCAGUCAUCUACUCCAGCCGCAACGGCCACGCGAAUUACUCAAAGGCAGGCAGCAAUCCAAGCGAGUACCGCAAGAUUGGAGGCAUCCCAGCCGGUCUGGACUUCUUCAUCCGCAACGACACCGGCGCCGGGAAAUUGGCCCUGGACUGCUCGAAGAAGUACGAGCUCGUCAGUGCAGACUGGUUGCCAAUUCCGACGCCAAAGUGGGUGAAUUGGCCGUUCCGUUGGGGUCCAGAGAGCACGUCAACUCACCUGAACCCUGUGGCAGUCGCGGAAAUUGUGCGAGAUGCCCUUGGACCGGAACUGGCUGCAUUUUGCCCGAUUAGUGCGUUGACUGUGCUUGCGGGAGAGAUUCUGCCUCACUUUGUCAAAGGGGACAUUAAUGGCCCGACCUCACCCGGGAAGCAUGGGAGUUGGAUAGGUGUCUAUCCUGUGUACUGAUUGACAGCUUCCAAAGGUCAUGUACGUUGUAGCAUUGGGAUGAACGUGACGUGUCUGACUGGGUCGAUUUGAUAGCAUGAUGCAG